AUGAGCGUCCCACGCGCAAUUCGCAAAGCCUUCCUCGCUGUAGAAACGGCCGAGGGGGCUGGCGCCAGGGUCAGGAGGUCGAUUGGCACGCCACAAUUGCGCAACUUUAGCCCGUUCCUCAUGCUGGAUCAUUUCAAUGUGAAGCCCGGCGCUGGGUUUCCCGACCACCCUCAUCGUGGUCAAGAGACCAUCACCUAUAUGCUCUCCGGCGCGUUCGACCACGAGGACUUUGCAGGCAACGCGGGCCGCAUCCACGCAGGCGACCUUCAGUUCAUGACGGCCGGCCGCGGCAUCGUGCACAGCGAGAUGCCCGCCCCCGAGAGCCCGGACGGGGAAGCGAACACGGGCCUGCAGCUGUGGGUGGAUCUGCCACGGGAGCUCAAGAAGUGCGAGCCGCGGUACCGCGACCUGCGCGCGGCCGAGAUCCCGAAGGCGGAGGCAGACGACGGAAAGGUCUCUGUGAAGGUCAUCUCGGGCAAGAGCCAAGGCGUCGACUCGGUACAGGACCUGGCAUAUACGCCUGUGUGGCUGCUCGACGUGACGGUGCGGCCCGGCGGCACGCUCGCGCAGGAGGUGCCCAAGGGUUUCAACGCGUUUGUGUACACGCUCGAGGGAACGACCCGGUUCGGGGCGGAGAAGAAGGAAGUCGGGCGGUACCACAAUGUUGUCUUUGAGGAGGAGGGCGACCUGAUCGUCGCGGAGAACGACAAGGACAGCGCGCAGGACGCCAGGUUCGUCAUCGUGGCGGGCCAGAUCCUGGACCAGCCCGUGGUGCAGUAUGGGCCGUUCGUGGUAACCUCGAGGGAGGAGGUCAUGGAGGCCAUGUUUGACUACCAGACACACUCGAACGGAUUCGAGAGGGCAGAGGGUUGGGCGAGUGAGAUUGGCAAGUCGAUGGUGCAUUAG